UCAGUGGGCAAAAAUUUUGACAUUCUCUAAGAAUCGCUGGGAGCGAGUUUAGACAAUUUUAUUUCCAAGCUAAACGCCAUUUACACUUGAAAUCCCCUAAUUAGUGCGAUCCUCUACAGCAGAGAGAUGGUAUUUUGUUCGGUUAACCUAUUUUUACACGUUGGAUGGAUUGCUUUCUUUGUCGGAGCAUGGUUGGUUACAAUCCUGAUCGACACUCUCCACCAGUUCUGUCCAGGAAGUACUUCGAUUCUUAAUCUUAACGCAUGUAAUGCUAACCUAUAUGGAGUAGCCGCUCUGGUGGCGUUUCUAGUUAGCCUGGCUUCGUUCAUGUAUUACAUGCGAUUGUUGAACGUAGUGGAAAAUGCACCAGGAGGGGCCCAGGCGGUGGGAGGAGCCGACUUCCUGUUUCCUUGUGGGGGAUACCCUGUACUUCCCCUGCCCCACGUUGAUCGCCGUCGGGGCUUAUGGGCUUUAUUUAUUUUCCUGGUAUUAGUUGCCAGUGCGGUCGCUGCCAUCCCCUCGGCAUCGGGAGAAGUUUUCACACCGGAUGAAGAUGUCUGCGAUAAAUGGAAACAUGCAGUGCGCCAUCUGAUUGACGAAAAGCAGCAAGUGGAACGGAAAAACGCUUGGAAAUGUGGCUGCGAAGAAGCUAUGUGGUUACUAAUCAAUCUGCUGACGAACUUCUGAAUUUCGAAGAUUGUAUGACACCUAUGGAUCGACUGAACUUGAAAAUCUCUCACCAACAAAUCAUGGAAAUAUUUCAGGCAGCCGGAAUAACCAGAACUUUAAGUGGACUGUAUGCACUGGACAUGAAAGACAUUCACCGGUUUUACGCGCUUCUAUCCGAACGUCCGGCACUAAAGGACAUUUUUCGCCAGUACCCGUCCGUAUUGCAUAACUUCUGGACUGUGAAUGAUCUUGAGAACUUUCUUUUUAUCGAACAAGAAGCGCGUGAUGAUAAAUGUGAUCCUGGGCCGAGCCUUGUGGAAACCUGUGAAUGGAUGAUCCAGACGUUUGACCCCAUUCAAGAACACCGGGCUCAUAAGCUUUUGAGUCUGGGAGGAAAAUAUUAUCGAAUGGACAAUACUGCUGAGUCGAAUAAGCGAACCCGGGUCAGCAACACGCGCGAUGAUUUCGUCCGCCAUUGCGCGCAGCAUCUGGUGCGCAUUUAUCCCGCCGGUAUCCGCACCGAUUCCUGCAGCAUGAAUCCUUUUCCUGGAAUGGAUGCCGGUUGUCAGAUUGUGGCAAUUAAUUAUCAGGAUAAAUCCAAAGAAACGCAGAUCUACCGGGCUUUCUUCGGCAAUAACGGCGGAUGCGGCUAUAUUUUGAAGCCGGAGCAUAUGCGCAACAUUACGAGCGAGCCAGGUGAAAGCCGCCGGAUACAGCUCACGGUGAGAGUCAUCAGUGCCCAGCAGUUGCCCAAGGUGCCGGUGGCCGGGGAAAAAGAGAUAUCUGAUCCUUUUGUGUUUGUGGAGAUUUAUGGAUGUCCGGAAGACUGUGAGGUGAUGUCGACAACGCCGGCUAAGAACAACGGAUUUAACCCAGUUUGGAAUAAGGAAUUUUCUUUUGAUAUUCGGAAUGUUGAUCUGGCGGUAUUACGGAUCGAGCCUCGAGAUACGGAUUUUCGAAAUCGGUGCUUGAUUGCUCAGUACGAUAUACCGGUUACUUGUGUGCAGCAAGAAAAUAUUGAUGAGGCUGUCACCAUGUUUAUCGUCUCGGACCUGAUGAACGGCAAUUGA